AUAUAAAGAGCUGUUUUGCCUCCCGACCGCAAGCAAACACUGAAUCGCAAACACUGAAUCACAACCUCAUAGGAGGAGAUCAGAAACCACACAUACACACGGUGCUUCUCAUAACCAAAAGUGGCAUCCAGUCUAGCUUAGACUUCUAGCCUACAGCUCAACCAAUUUAGUCAGUUGAUGAGUCAGGUCGCUACAAACCCAAAUUCUUUACUCUUAAAAAAAAGUGAUAAAUAUCUUAUGGAACGUAUUUCUUAAGGCGCAUCCCAUUGUAAUAGAGUCUAGUAAAUUGAGAGCAAGUGAAGUUUUGUUGAGAGAGGAGAGAGCGCAGAGAGCGAGGAUGGCUGCACUGAUCAGCGCGUACUCGUCUUGGCCGGAGAGCUUUGAGUGCUCGGCGGGAGAUGGAGACGUGCCCGACGGACAUGGCUCACACAGAACUCCCGUGGACAAGGCGUCGGAGCCGCGCAUCAGGCGGCCCAUGAAUGCGUUCAUGGUCUGGGCCAAAGAUGAGAGGAAGCGCCUGGCUGUCCAAAACCCAGACCUGCACAACGCAGAGCUCAGUAAAAUGCUAGGCAAGUCGUGGAAGGCGCUGACCCCCUCUCAGAAGCGUCCCUACGUGGAGGAGGCCGAGAGGUUGCGCGUGCAACACAUGCAGGACUACCCCAACUACAAGUAUCGCCCUCGUCGCAAGAAGCAGCUAAAACGCAUCUGUAAACGCGUGGACCCCGGCUUCCUGCUGGGCAGCCUGGCGGGCCCCGACCAGAAUGCCUUGUCCGACCCCCGGGGCCUCUGCCACCCCUUGGGUUUGGAUAAGGACGAGGAUGGGAUUAGUGGUGGUGACGGAGGUGUUGGGUUCUCGUCCCUCUCUUCCCGCAGCCCAGGACCUCUACCUGGGGUUAGAUCCUUCAGAGACGUACCGUCCAGCUCCAACAGCUUCGACACCUAUCCCUACGGCCUCCCCACCCCGCCUGAGAUGUCCCCUCUGGAUCACGACCACCCCUCCUACUACCCUUCUUCCUCUUCCUCCUCCUCGUCCGUCUCUUCCCCCGAGGAGCGCCACCAGCACCGUCAGGGUCAGACCCCCGGAGGUGGAGGUGGGGGUCCCAUGUGCCUCAGUCCUUCAUCCUACCACCCUGACUACACCCCAACUCAGACUUCCAUUCACUGUGGUGGCUCCCACUCCCACCUGACCCACCUCUCCCACUUGUCCCAGACCCAGUCCGGAGGCCUCAUCCCUGGGCAUCCUCUGUCCUACUACAACCCAUCCUCCUGGUCCUCCCAGCUCCAGGUCCACCCGGGCCUCAAUCACCCUCACUUAAGGCACCUUUCCCCAGGUCACCACCAACAGCACCACUUGGGUCAGCUAUCCCCUCCUCCCGAGCAGAACCACAGUCACCUGGAGACUUUGGACCAGCUGAGUCAGGUAGAGCUUCUAGGGGAGGUCGACCGCGAUGAGUUCGACCAGUACCUGAACUCGACGGUGGCAGGCGCUGCAGCAGCAGGGGUGGGGGUGUUCCGUUCCGAACAGGGAGGAGGAGGAGGAGGAGGAGGAGGAACGAUGACGGUGACCGGUCACAUCCAGGUGACAUCGGCCUCAGCUCCGUCUUCUGAAAGCAGCGUCGUCGGGGAAACCAGCCUGAUCUCUGUGCUGGCGGACGCCACGGCAGCAUACUACAACAACUACGGCAUCUCUUAGACAGGACGGGUUGUCGAGUUACCUGGUCGCCAUGCCUACGCCCGCCGCUCUCGUCGUCACACCUGGAACUGACCAGGGGACAUAUGUCUCAAGCGUUUUAGAGUAGGAGUGCUGAUCUAGGAUCAGGUCCCCCCCCCCCCGGUCCAUGUAAUCUGAUUCAUUAUGAUCUAGGAUCAGCC